UGUUUCCUCCUCCUCCCCUUCUCGGUCCCUUGGGCUCCUCCUCCUCCUCGGCGCCGAAAAAUGGCGGCCGGAGCCGGGCCCCUGGAGGAAGGAGUCGGCGGCGAAGGGGGCCUGCCUUUCUCCUCCUCGGCGCCGCCUCCUCCGCCUCUCCCGCCCUGCUCCAACCUGGGCGGAGCGCCCCCUCACGCGAGGCCCGAGGCUCCGGGGCCUGGUGCUGCGCAGAACCGGGGCGGAGGCAACCCGCGCAUCCAGGGGGUCGCCUCCUCCUCCUCGCCUCCUCCUCCCGCGGCCUCGGUGCCGUCGUCUUCCUCGUCGCCACCUUCCCCGCCGCCUUCCUCGCCCCCGCCCUCGGCCUACAACUGGCAGGCCACCAAGCCCACCGUCCUGGAGCGCAUGGCCUUCCUUUUCAACAACGAGGUGCUCAGCGACGUCCACUUCGUGGUCGGGAAAGGACGGAGGGGCGCCCAACGCCUCCCUGCACACAGGUUUGUGCUGGCGGUGGGCAGUGCGGUCUUUGAUGCCAUGUUCAACGGAGGAAUGGCCACCUCCUCCGCCGAAAUAGAGCUCCCCGACGUGGAGCCAGCCGCCUUCCUGGCUUUGCUGAAGUUUCUAUAUUCCGAUGAAGUCCAGAUCGGGCCCGAGACUGUCAUGACGACGCUUUACACGGCAAAGAAGUACGCAGUGCCGGCCCUGGAAGCUCACUGCGUGGAGUUCCUGAAGAAGAACCUGCGGGCAGACAAUGCCUUCAUGCUUCUGACGCAGGCCAGGCUCUUUGAUGAGCCCCAGUUGGCAAGCCUUUGCCUGGAGAACAUAGAUAAGAACACGUCGGAUGCCAUCAACGCCGAAGGCUUCACUGACAUUGACCUGGAGACGCUAGUGGCAGUGCUGGAGCGGGACACGCUGGGAAUCCGUGAGGUGCGCCUCUUCAAUGCUGCAGUCCGGUGGUCGGCGGCUGAGUGCCAGCGCCAGCAACUGCAGGUGGUCCCUGAGAACAAGCGCCAGGCCCUCGGCAAGGCCCUAGCCCUCAUCCGCUUCCCCCUCAUGACCAUUGAGGAGUUUGCCGCUGGUCCGGCCCAAUCAGGGAUCCUGACAGACCGGGAGGUGGUCAGCCUCUUCCUCCACUUCACCGUCAACCCCAAGCCCCGGGUGGAGUUCAUCGACCGGCCCCGGUGCUGCCUGCGGGGCAAGGAAUGCAGCAUCAACCGCUUCCAGCAAGUGGAGAGCCGCUGGGGCUACAGUGGGACCAGUGACCGCAUCCGGUUCUCCGUCAACAAGAGGAUCUUUAUUGUUGGGUUCGGCUUGUACGGUUCCAUCCAUGGCCCAACAGAUUACCAAGUCAACAUACAGAUCAUCCACACAGACAGCAACACAGUCCUGGGGCAGAACGACACAGGUUUCAGCUGCGACGGCUCCUCCAACACAUUCCGGGUCAUGUUCAAGGAGCCUGUGGAGAUCCUGCCCACUGUCAGCUACACAGCCUGCGCCACUUUGAAGGGCCCUGACUCCCAUUACGGCACCAAAGGCCUCCGCAAAGUGAUCCACGAGUCGCCGGCGACAGGAGGCAAGACCUGCUUCACCUUCUGCUACGCCGCUGGCAAUAACAACGGAACUUCGGUGGAGGACGGCCAGAUCCCGGAGGUCAUCUUCUACACAUAGAUCCUUGGGAGGGAGGGGAUACAGUAGCCCUCUCCCUUUGCCCUGAGUGCCGCUGCUUCUCUGCGCUCAGCCUGCGGGGGGCGCCAGAGAGGGUGCUUCCCGACUGCAGGAAGCGCCGACUAUGGAGGCCUGAAGGGGUCAGUCUUCCCCAAGGCUUUUGCCUCCCUUUCGAAGGCCCUGCCUGCUGCCUUCUCCCUUGGAAGACAAUCGGUUCUGGGCCUCGCAGGGUUCUCCCAGACCCUCAAAACACUGGGCUCUCAGUACCGUUCUGCUGCUGCUAACAAAUAAUAAUAAUAAUAAUAGUGCAACGUAACAAUGCAUUUUCCUCGUUAUGUUUAUUUGCCCUCCCCCCUCCUUCACUCCUACAUUGUUGAUUGUUAGGUGGGUUGUUUUGUUUUGUUUCAAUCUAUGAAUAAAUCCCCUGGGCUUCCAAA